GGUACACAGUGAGGUAGGGUUAGGGGUUGUGUUUUGGAGAAAGACGGGUGUGAAUGGUUCUUUUUUAAAAUUGUUGUCAUGCAAGGUGACUAAACAACCAUGCAGACUACUAAGAAAGUAAAAGUCCCUUCUAAAAGUAAAGUGGGCAAAGUAGGUUCAAAAAACAAAGAUGAUGCUCCUCAUGAACUUGAGAGUCAGUUUGUUCUCCGUCUUCCUCCGGAAUAUGCCUCAACUGUGCGGAGGGUGGUCCAGUCUGGAAGUGUUAACUUGAAAGACAGAUUGACCAUUGAACUGCAUGCUGAUGGACGCCAUGGUAUUGUAAGAGUGGAUCGUGUACCUCUUGCCUGUAAAUUGGUUGACCUUCCCUGCAUUAUUGAAUCAUUGAAGACUGUGGAUAAAAAGACAUUUUAUAAAACUGCAGAUAUAUGUCAGAUGUUAGUAUGCACUGUUGAUGGUGACCUUUAUCCACCUCUGGAGGAGCCAUCUGGUACAACAGAUCCAAAAAACAAGAAAAAAGACAAAGACAAAGAGAAGAAACACCUCUGGAACCAUGGCAUCACAUGUCCACUCAAGAACACUAGAAAGCGACGGUUUCGGAAGACAGCUAAAAAGAAGUAUAUUGAGUCUCCCGAUGUGGAGAAAGAAGUAAAACGAUUGCUAAGCACAGAUUCUGAAGCUGUCAGUGUCCGGUGGGAAGUGAUAGCUGAAGAUGAGACGAAAGAAGCAGACAACCAUGGAUCACUUGCCAACCUAGAUUCAUCCCCUGGGACUUCUAGUCAUAAAAUUGGCCAUGGUUCUUCUGUAGAACGAGAUGAGCUUAGAGAAAUUUUUAAUGAUAUUAGUAGUAGCAGUGAAGAUGAAGAGGAUGAAGGCGAUCGACAUGAAGAUGAAGAUCUCAAUAUAAUGGAUACUGAAGAGGACCUGGAACGACAGCUGCAUGAAAAACUUAAUGAGUCAGAUGGGCCAAGAGAUGAAAGUGAAGGGAACAAUCAGAUAGUUUUGGAAUAUCAGAUGCAGAUUGAAAAUCUAAAAGCAAAAAUUCAGGAAACACAAGAGAAAAAGAAACAGCAAGAAGACCUAAUUAUGAAGGUGGAAAACCUGGCCCUCAAGACACGCUUUCAGACGUUAUUAGAUGAAAUAAUUCUACAGGAGGAGAGGGAGAUGGAACAGCUGGCAUCUCUACAAGAACAACUGGAUUCACUGAUUGAGAAGUAAUCAUCAUUUCCUGAGAUGAGCAGCAGAGCAAAGUGCCUGACAAGAUGAAUACUUGAAGCAUUCAGUAUUUUGUUCUUUUGCUCCCUGAAGAAACUGUCUUUUGCUUACAAAAUAUACUGGCUGAAAUAAUAUUAGUGUACAGUAUAUCUAUGUAUAAUAUGCCCUUGUUUUUGUUUCGAUACUGUCAGCAUACUUUUUAUGUUUAUUAGAUAAACAAAAGAGUGUUAAAUAAACCUUUAAUUAAAAACAUCA